AUGUCUUCCCGUGUUGGUCUACGGUAUUUGGUACAGCAGACAAGCCGACAAGCACAGUUCCAGACCCGGUCGCAGAUCCGACAAACCGUUCAACGAAGAGCACAGACAACCGCUGCGAAUCCUGCUGUCGAGACUCCAGCGCAGCCACAGAGCCUGUUUCAGCGAUUAUGGACGAGUGAGGUUGGAAUUAAGACCGUCCAUUUCUGGGCGCCUGUCAUGAAAUGGGGUGUUGUUCUGUCUGGCGCUGCCGACUUCCUUCGUCCAGCUGAGAAGCUCUCCUUGUCGCAAAACGCUGCUCUUGUGGCUACUGGUACAAUCUGGACGAGGUGGUGCUUCGUCAUUCGACCCAAGAAUAUGCUUUUGGCCGCUGUGAACGCUUGUCUCGCUGUUGUUGGUGCAAUCCAAUGUUCGAGAAUCCUUGCAUACCAGUCCUCGCAGACUGGAUCGGUCGAAGCCGCAGCGAAAGAAAUGGGCAGGGAUUUGAAAGGGGACGCAACUUCCCUGGAACACAAGGUAGAGAAGGAAAUCAAGGCAAGGACUUGA